AUGAUUGCAGUGGAUGAAUCUUCAAUAUAUGAAGAUUCUGAUCAAAAAAAGGUAAGUACUAUUUUGGAAUAAAUUGAAGAAAAUUGAUAAAUUUGUAGAAGGAGUGCUUUCGAUUAAGGAUUUCUUUGAAAAAGCAGGAAAGUUGGAGUGUAGUAAAGAUGUGAGCGGGUAUCUAAGGUGAGAAAUAAUUUCAAAAAAAAAAAAAAAUGAUAAUUUUUUUCAUGUUUGCAGUAUUUUGAAAAAGUUGGAUAUAGAAGAUUUGGAAAGAGCGUUACCUUCUUUGAGUUUCGUCGUUGAGAAAGGCUUCGCUCCUGAGUUUCUCAGCGAGAUCAAUGAACUUUGCGCGAUUGCCCUUAGUGGUUUGUCGCUACGUUCUCAGUAAAAAAAGGUCCCGGGCAGAUUUUUCCUCAACUCGGUUUGGAAGGAAAGCUGCACUGUCCUGCUUGAAGAGCUUGCCUCUGAAGGGGCCUCGCGACGUUUGGCUUAACUUUUUCGUCCUUGUGGAGUGUUUGGAAGAGCCCCAGGUUCUUUUUCUUUCUUGAAUAUUCAAAUCUGAAGUCACGCUGAGAAUGAUUUCUUCUAUUCUGAAGAUCUUAGCAAAUUUUUGUAAAAUGCUUUUUGCUUAGUGAUAUCUUCAACCGACUAAAGAAGUUUUUCCGUCAAUCUCGUUGCAUUUCAGUUCCACAUCAUACGACCGAUCCUCCCCAAGGUGGACAGUCUUUUGAAAUCAUUGAAAAAUGGACUUUUUGCAUGGAUUUGGGUGAGAACAGUCAUUGUACGGUAAGCUUCCGAUUCUCCUCAUCCAGUUUUGCUGUAAUUUUUCUCAAUAUUUUUGCUCAAAAUCAGAAAAGGUGUAUCAUUUUUGAUUGAAAAAAACCCUUUCUCAUAACUUCUUUCAUUCUUCUGUAAUAUAUUCAAACGCAUGAAGUUAAAAAACUGUUGGAGGUCUCUCUUGCAUUCCAAUGGCUGGAUUCGCGCUUGGGCACUGGAAAUAUCUCUCGAAGUUGAUGUUUUCACUCUGUCUGAGAACACCGAGGCAAGAUGAAUGUCUCGAAUAAAAAACUUUUUUUUUCCAGUUUAUAACUUCUGUCAUUCUUCCUGCUCUCGAUAAUAACGAUUCCCUCUGGAGAUUUCUGGAGAAGGGAAACUUGGACGAUUUCCUUAUGAAACUUGGAACUUUAAUGGGUGCUGUAGUUUUACCGUCGGAAAGUAUUGAUAUCCUGGACAGAGAGGGCAAAGGUUCUCACGAACUGAUUCAGUACUUCGUGACUUUUACCAUUUUCAGAUAAAUAUUUAUUGAAUUUUCUGAACGCCCUCGGCGAUUUGACGUGUCCGACCUCUUUGUACUUCAUCUCCACAGCUCUAUCGUCUUUCCUGCCACUUUAUUCGACUGAUUCAUCUCCAUUCCUUGCAUCUUUCGAGUAUCAUUUAAAAAAAGUUUCUUAUUAAAAAAAUAUUAAUGGUUGACUAGUGAGAGAAGAUCCUGAAGUCCUGAAAUAGUUAUUUUCCAGCAGUUCUUGGAAACUCCUCUAGAGACUUCCUUUGAAAUCAACACCAAUAGACAAACUUUACCUAACUGUUUUUGAAAUAUCUUCUGCUAGAAAAAAAUUGUAGAAAAAAGUGUAAGUGAUAUAUUUUGAGUUGUCAUGAAUUAUUGGAUCAUGGAUUUGAAAAGUAUGAAAAGUAUGGAAUGAAUAGAAGAUCAACUUUUCAGAAAAAUUAUAACUCGCGCCAAACGAAUUCCUUAUGACACUCUGCGGGUUAUAACACUACGAAACUUGAUCAUCUUUUUCUCAAAAACUUUCAAAAUCAAGGUUUUUUCCCCCGAAGAAUCGAGUUUCUUGAUGCUUGUUGUUCAGUUGCAUCAAGAAAUCGUGGAAUUCGCGAGGAUUUCGUCGUCUCUGCCUGUAGCGGGAUUCAACCCAACUGCGACCCGAGACCUUAUUUCGGAGGUCGUCAAGAACUUCCAAGGGUUGUUGAUCGACGUUCGAGACGCCAUUUGUGAAUAUCAUUGGGAUCGCGAGGGCUUGAGAAUAAGUCCCGAGGCUUUCCUGUACGCAGCGGUCUCUCAAAAUGAGACGAAUCCUCAGGUUUUUUUUUUCAGGGAUUCUCAAAAUUUUUUCUAAUCGUUUUGUGUUUUUAAGAAAAAAACAUUGGUUUCAGUUUGUCGCGGAAUAUUCGCAACUGUCUUGGAUAGCCAUCAGGAAUUCCGAUCAAGUGAGCGCCGACAAAAUUAUCACUCAUCUUUUUUGUUUUUUAACUUCUGGUCAUCCCAAUGAGCACGUGGUGAGAAUGUAUUCUGUCACUUGCCUAAAAUUACUGUUAUUUUUUCCAAGUUUCUUGCGGCUGCUCAGCUGAUCCUUUCUUAUCCCAGCUUCUCGCGAAUUAUAGGUAGGUUUUUACAUUACUUCACAAUUAGGGCAACUUCAGAAAACCGAAGUCAAAAAGAAUUGGAAACUAUCAUCGAUUUUUUGUUGCGAAAUUGUCAACUUGCUGACGGAGAGGUAACGAAAAUAAGCGCGUAGGUCAACUGUUUCAUCAUUCACAGGACAAACACUUUAUAAGGCUAGAGAAAGUUGUAUUGCCGUGGCUUUCGGCAGUCGGUCCUAAGCCUAAUUUGAUCCAGAGGGCUCUCGACUCUUUUGAUCGCUCCUCGGAGGUUUUUCCAGUAUAGAAGUACUGUCAUGUUCAGUUCUUCAGGAUAUUCCGAUCAACCGACUAUCCUAUAACUGGAGAUUAUUGGAAAGCAUGAUCGAGUUGACUGUUUCAGAUGUUGUCCAGGAUAAAAACAUAUUGGAGCCUUACAUUGAAGAUGUUUUUCAUUUGCUAGGACCAAAUGUUCUGUCGCCUCUCCCUGUGAAGUUUCCUAUUCCGAAAAGCAAUUUCGGCUUAAUCUUUUUUUACAAAUUUGAGAAACAAUUCGAGAAUAGAAAGAAAGAAAUUCAACGAACUCGACUCACUGUGGCGCUCGAGCAGACUUGCUGUUUUUCGACGGUUUGGUAUUUCUAUAAUUCGUUAGAAAGGUAGAAGCUGUUUCAGUUUCGCCAAGUUUAAAAGUUUCGAUGCCGACAAAAUGGUGGGAGAUUGUGUGGAUCAGCUCGACGUCUCGGCCUCUUUUGCUGAGAAAAAGCACCUGUUAUUGAUCAUCCUACACUACAUUCCAAAAGUAUCAAACAAGAAAGAUCUCUCUUUAGUAAUAAUGUUGAGGCAAAGGACGCCGCGUCCUUUCAGAGAAUACUUUCGAGUUGUUUCAACGUUGUGAGUGAGGAGAAAAAGUCACAGAACAGUUUGCCAUCGCUGGAGCUUUUCCUGAGGAUUGGAGUUCAUUGCAUGAAUGAUCAAGAGGCCUUGGAAUAUUUUGUGGUGAGCUGCCAGACCACCGAUUGAGUCUAAUUAACAGUUCAAGGGAAAAGUUGAAAGUCAGCUGAGUAUAUCUACACAAAAUAUUCAAAUCGCUUAUGUUGUCUACAGUGUUUUCCACGGUCACAAGGGAAAUCUGAACUCACUUUGCGUGAAUCUGGUAUUUGUUGGCAAUACAUCCUUCUCCCGGAAUUGACUUUUGUUUAAGUUGAUGAAACUUUCCUUGUUUGGACCAGUUCCAAAAAAAGACAUGCGGGUUCUGACUUAUGCCUACUCGAAAGCAUUUGAGGACAAAGCCGAGAAAAUAAUUCCGGAGCAACCCCUUGAGAGGUGUGUAUAGAAUUCUUUUGCUUUAAAUACAUUCGAAAAGCUCAUAUAACUACAACGUUUCAACUUUUCAGGCUGGAUCUUGUAGUGCCGCGGGUGCGUUUCGGAUCGUGUCUCCUUGUGUUGAAAGCCGCCAGAAACAAAUAUUGUGCCGCAUGGGCAUGUGAACGGCUUGUCUCUGCUAUAAAAGAGUUGGAUCAGAGUUCUAGCAGGUUUUUCUCCGCAAAAUAGAGAUUAAAAAGAACCUACAUUUUAUUAAGAUCUUUUGGUUUGUCGUUGGCACAUCGACAGAAAACGCGAGCAGUAGAGCUGUUAGCAUUUUUGAUGGAAAAAGUGGACAUCGAGGUUCCAAAAAAAAUUUAUUUUUUCCUCAAUGAUGAUUUUUUUCUCAAGUCGGCAAACAAUUAUUCUACAUGAAAUCUAAAAAAGGCCGUAAAUGAAAGAAUUUUUCACAGUCACUUGACUCUAAAACACUUUAUCUUCAAUGAACCCGUUUAUAACCCCUGACAAUUUUACUUUUUAACUAUAUUGUCUUUUUUACAUUAAUUUUUUUGAACAAGAAAAAGCGCUAAAAUCGAUCAAAGAAUUCAAAAAAUGCUCAGAAUACACAUUUUUCAGAAGCUGAUCGAAGAGAUUUUCGACUGCUGCAUCAGCUGGAUUAUCGAUCCGUGUCAACAGUUCUCCAUAAAGCUCGUAGUCGAACUCAUCCUUGCUCGUCUCUGCCUGAAAUCCGAUAAAUUCCUGCACAAAACGCUAGAAAUCGACAAAAAGGUUGGUUUCGCUGUCUCAUUUUUAUAGACUGAAUAAGCUCCAGAUGGCGCAGAGCAGAAUCGGCAGUGUUUCUUCUUGGAUAAACGUCCUGAUGCUCAUUGCUCGGGGACGUCCGGUACUAUUUGUCAUCAACUCUUAACGUUUUGUUCAAAUUGGGAAUGGAUCAAGGAAAAAACUGUGCCUCUAUCGAAAGUCUUAGUCCCUCAACACUCGAAGUUAAAUCUUUCAAACUUUGACUUGGUCUGCUGCGCGAUUAAGAAGCGUUUAGCUCUUGUAUCAUUACUUUUAAAAGGACUUUUUUUUUUCAAAUCUUAGCGUGAAAACAUUUUGAAACAAACGAAAUUUCCUCCAGAGCAUUGCUGAUCGAGUUCUGAUCAAAGUCUAUCCAUGGAUCUCUGCCCAAAACUUUCCCCUGAGAUGUACCGCCAUUGCUGGUAAUACAGUAUAUCUCUGCUGAAAAUGUCGAAAAAUUAUUUAAAUAGCCUGUCGUUUGAUGUUCGGCUUUUUGGAUGAGAGUUUGAAGUCGAAGUACUGGUUCAUCGAGCCUCUGAUAAACUUCGACUCGGAGCCUUCUGGGUAUACAAAUUGCCUUCAUCCUCGCUUCAGCCACAUCAUUUUUUUUCAGAAAUUCUCGCCGGAUCAUCGACAAUCUUUGUUCCGACUUUUAUUUCGCACAUUUGCAUCCAGUCAAUCAUUUUGAUUUUCAGGUAACACAUUCAAAAUAUCCAUUUUUAAUAAUAAAUUCCAGACAAUUUUCUCCGAAAUUCCUGGGAAAACUGGUAUGCCUCCCGAGGAGGUUAUCCCUGUCGAAGUUUUAGAGGUAUUUGUUCUGGAAUCAUCUCCCUUGAAAUAAUUUUAGGAGAGUGAAUCUAUUGAGUUCCCAAGAAGAUGUUCAGACAAAAAGUUUUUGGAAGCUCCUUCCGAAGUUUACGCUGGUAAUCAGAAAAAUACUUUUGUCAGAAAAAUAUUGUUCUCAAUUAUCAGCUCUUACGAAAAAUACGUCUUCUGCUCCAGAAAUGAAUGUCUCGGAAUUGGAACGCGGUCUCAAGGAUUUAACCAUAGAAGGUUCUGAAACUCGAUACUUUCUUCGUGAUAUGAACGUUAUUCAGACAGUGUCGCGACUGAGAACUCUUUCCAAAGGAAAGUUGCGAAAGACGAAACCCAAUUGAAGCCUGAAAACACCUCUCUCAUCGUCGUUGCUUCGUUGGUUGACAAACCGACGAAUCUUGGAGGUUUGAACCAUUAUAUUAUACCAAAAAGCCGAAAAAUGUCUAAGGAAUUUGCCGCACUUCUGAAAUUUUCGGAGUCGACGCAUUGGUUAUUUCCGACGCCUUGUUAGCUGAGGUAAUUCCACAUUCAACAUUUUCAAACGGUCAAUCUUGAGGACUCCAACUUCAAAGCUUUGAGUAUGUCUGCUGAAAAUUGGCAGAGAAUCGAAACUGUAAGACGAGAAGACUCGUAGCGAUAAAUAAUAUUUGGAUUGCAGGUGAAACCAGAUAACCUACUGCCCUAUUUACAAGCUUUGAAAGCUGACGGGUACAAAAUCGUGGCCGCAGAACAGACGACAGACAGCAUUCCCAUGAACCAGUUCGUUUUCCCAAAAAAGGUUCGGACAAACAGGUCGGAUUUGGGAAAAAUUAGUUUUUCAGUGCGUCGUUGUUUUGGGAGACGAGAAAGAAGGCGUUCCGGUGUCCCUUCUGCGAGCCGUCGAUCAAACCGUCGAGAUCAAGCAGUUCGGCAACACCCGGAGUCUCAACGUCCAUGUCACUGCAGCACUCUUUGUCUCCAAGUACGCCGAGCAAAUUUUUUGCAGCGUCUAG